GUUACGCGGAAGCGAUUUUAGCUGGAAGAACUGCCGUUUCUCUGAUUCCUUCCCCUUCGGCGGCGGCUUCGCUUGCAUCCAGUCCUGCGGGAGUUUCUCCCAAUCCAAACCCCUGCAGGGUAGAUUCGGAUUAGCCUUGUCUUGUUAGUUAGAUCCGUCUCUUCUGGUCGAGAGUGGGGACGUGGUGGUCCGGAUCCAGCUGCUUUUCUCUCCUUCCACCUUGGAAGCCCUGCGCUGGCCCGACGUCUGUAAGUUUCCUACCCGAACCACUGCCAUGUAACGUUCCAGCGGGUCGUGUUGAUCCUGUGGGAUGCUCUCCCGCCAGGCCCUGCAAGGGCGGAGAGGUCGGGAGUGCUGAACGCCCGGAGUGUCUUCUAGGUGGCCGCACCUCCCUCGGAGAAGACUGCAGGCAUGUCUGAGGGAAGUUCAGGUCCCGCACCCAGGUUUAGGUCCGAUCAAAGGAAGCUGUUACACCUGCUCUUGGAGAGGAACACCUCUUUUACCGUCCGUUCAGAUGUUCCUCAAUCUCCAGGAGACAGACUCCUCGACUCCGCAAACCUAAGCGUUUUGUCUGGAGGAACACCAAAACGUUGCCUUGACCUUUCGAAUCUUAGCAAUGGAGAGAUGUCUGCGUCUCAGCUGGCUACUUCUGCUGACUUUGAGGAAACUGAUUCCUUGGAUUCCUCAGGACCUCAGGAUGUACAGUUAAAUGGGAUGAAUCAUCAUCAGGACCUUAUGAAAGGCCUCCCAGUACAGCUUCUUUGCAGUACUCCAAACGCUUUGGAUCUUGGCCACAGAAAGAAAUAUGCAAAGUGUAGCAUAUCUGCAAAUAAAGAAAAUAUAAACACCAGUUUAAAGACAUUGGAAUGGGAGGGACCUAGGACCCCGAAGUUUAAAAAAAUGCCUGGAGAUCCUCUGGCUUCUCCCCUCUCUGUGCUGGAAAAUGGAAUCUUGGUGGAGAGCGAAAUGAAGUGUCUGGGCAGUCCCAUCACUACAGUUCCAAAACUCAGUGAAAAUCAAAAGCUAGAAGACCAAGGAAGGAUUUCAGAAGACCCAAUGGAGUUCUCCCUAGAAGACCAAGACACCAUGGGCUUAAAUCUAAAGAAGCCCGUCCCUCUUUGUAACACUGAUGCCGUUCAAAUGGAGGAGGAAGAUUCUGACCAAGAGCACCUGAUUGGUGAUUUCUCCAAGGUGUGUGUGCUGCCAACAGUGUCAGGGAGACACCAGGAUCUGAAGUACAUCAGCCCAGACACACUGGCUGCGCUGCUGUCUGGAAAGUUCCAGAGUCUGAUCGAGAGGUUUUACAUCGUUGACUGCCGCUAUCCCUAUGAGUACCUGGGAGGACACGUCCUGGGAGCCUUAAACCUGUACAGUCAGAAGGAACUGCAUGAGUUCUUUCUGAAGAAGCCUAUUGUUCCUCUGGACAUCCAGAAAAGAGUCAUCAUUGUGUUCCUCUGUGAAUUCUCCUCAGAGAGAGGGCCCCGAAUGUGCCGUGCUCUGAGAGAAAAAGACAGGGCUCUGAACCAGUAUCCGACAUUAUACUACCCCGAGCUGUAUAUCCUCAAAGGGGGAUACAGAGAUUUCUUUCCAGAAUAUAUGGAACUAUGUGAGCCACAGAGUUACUGUCCUAUGCAUUACCAAGACCACCAGGCUGAGCUGCUGAGAUGGCGGAGCCAGAGCAGAGCCCAGGAAGGAGAGCGGCAGCUGCGGGAGCACAUUGCCCUUCUGGUGAAGGAUGUGAGCCCAUGAUAGUGGGAAUGACAGUGAAGCCACUGGAGACCCUAAGAGAGUCAUCUUCCAUGCUGCCAACCCCAUGGUUGUUAAAAAGUAUCUGCAAAUGCUGGACAUAGUCAGGCAUGUACAAACGCCUUUAGUUCCAGCACCCAGGAGGCAAAGGCAAGAGGAUCUCUGUGAGUUUGAAACCAGCCUGAGCUACAUGUGACCCUGUCUCAAAAACAAACAACAAAGCAAACAAAACAAAAACCCUUCAACAAAAGCCUCCAGAUUGUCUACAAGCCAACAAGGCGCCGUAGUGAUGAAAUGCCACCCCCAAGGUCUGGCUUUGUUUCUGGGGAGCUGUGGGCUGGGUUCUGGGUGGUGAACAGAGAUGUUGGCACUGCUUCAGAGAGUUCCCUUUCCAGUCUCUCAUACCUCACCAUAAACCAGACGGCUCCUCUGCAUAGGUCUGGCUUUUUUUUUUUUUUUUUUUUUCCUUCCAUUGCUUCCCAUCCUCUACUCAAAUGGGAAAGUGUCAUUAUGAACCCAGUCUCUUCUUAGAAGAUCUACAUAAAGAGAUUAGUCAUGAGAUGAGGCUCCUUUAAGGGGCUUCUUAUUCAGAAGAACCCUGAGUCUGAGCUUUUGCACCAUAAACAAUUAAAGAAUAUAGUCAGGCUGGGGAGAUGGCUCAGUGGGUAAAAUACUGCUACAUAAGCCUGAGUUCCAAACCCAGGAAGCUGCAUAGAGCUGGGUACUGUUCUGUGCAUCUGUAACCUAGUGUCUUUACCAUGAGAUGGGAGGUAGAGACAGAAGCCCAGGAAACUCUUAGGCCUGCUAACUCAGCGUGCACAUGAAUGACAGAAAGGAAGAUAAAGGCCAACACCUGAGGUUAUCCAUCCCCUGAGCUCCUUACACAGGUGCACACUUUAGGCUUUGAGACCUAAAGAUAUAUGCCAACAUUCUUUUUUCAGUGCUCAAGUUUAGAGCCUGGACCUGGAAUCUGUUUGAAAUUAAAAAAAAAAAAAAAAAACAUGGUGUGUGCUUCAGCAGCACAUCCACUAAAAGUGGAACAAAAGCAUGACCCCUGCAAGGAGGGCAGAGUUGGGAAGCAUUGUGUGUGUGUUUAAUUAAUGGCUCGCUUCACAUUUUAUUCUUACGUUAUAAGAAUAAAAGUCUAAGUUGUAAAAUUUU